AUGGACAUUGCUCAAUCCCUCGAAUCCUCUUCGGGCCAACCCAUCCGCUGCAUCGACAUGCACACCACCGGCGAACCCACCCGCAUCAUCUACUCCGGCUUCCCUGCCCUGAGCGGCACCCUGCUCGAACAACGCGACCAAGCCAAGCAGCAAUACGACCACAUCCGUAAACGUCUAAUGCUGGAACCCCGCGGCCACGACGGGAUGUACGGCGCCAUCAUCCGUCCAACGACGGAGCUCGUCUCCUCCGGCGUCGCGGACAUCGGCGUCCUCUUUAUUCACAAUGAUGGCUUCUCAACCAUGUGCGGCCACGCCACGCUUGCUCUGGGUCGAUUCCUCAUCGAUACGCAUGAUCUGCAAGUGUUUCCUUGUAGGAAUCGUCUCCAGUUUCAUAAAGAGUCGAGAUCCAUUGCGUUGACUAUCCAUGCUCCUUGUGGUUUGGUCCGUGUUUCUGUUCCUGUUUCUCCGGAUGGAAGGAAAUCAGACCCUACGCGUCCGGUUUCUUUUCUUUCCACUCCUGCGUUUGCGUCUGCUCUUCGUCUCGACAUUGAUAUCCCAGAGUCUAUCCGGGAUGUGUUUCCCAAAAAGAAGAAAUCCAUCACACUAGAUGUAAGCUAUGGCGGGGCUUUCUACGCCCUGAUUGACGUGAGGGAGUUAGGCUUCCCCGGUUUGAAAUCCAUCUCACUGGAUGAAGUCACUCGCUGUAUUCAGUCCUUGAAACCAUAUCUCAUGUCAAGAUCGGAGAUCCGCGCCGCGGUCCAACAUCCGGAUGAUUCGCGGUUGUCGUUCCUGUAUGCGAUUAUGCUGGUGGAUUCUGAUUCUGAUUCCAACUCCAAUUUGAAUACCAGUUUUUCCGAGUCGGAUUCUACCAGGGUCAAUCCCGAUAAUAUCCUAGGAUCCGAAACCGGCCUCUGCUACUUUGCAGGCGCGCAAAUCGAUCGCUCCCCGACGGGAUCAUGUGUCUCUGCUAGGAUGGCUUUGGCAUAUGCCAAGCGUAAACGAGGAAUCGGUCAGCGCUGGGCGUAUAACUCCUUGGUUUCAAAUGCUUUUGGGGAUGGGGUGUUUACCGCGGAGAUCGUCGACGAAGUCAAGAUUAACAGGGAGGAUGGGGGUGUGACUCCCGGCGUGGUGGUCAAGGUCGAAGGAAAGGCGUACUAUACCGGGUCGGUGACUUUGGUGCUAGAGGAGGAGGAUGGCAUCUCGAGUGAAGGGUUUACCAUGGUUGGUGUUGCGAACUUUUAA